UGAGUGCACCGGGUCAUCGUUAGGAGCAGUGCACGGAUUACGAAUAUUUUGCACACGUGUUUAAUUUGAUCAACAAAAUAUAACAACAUUAUUCUUUGUUCGUCCUUAGCUGUAAACAGUUAUUGGUUUUUUUUUUUUUCAAAAAUGAAGUAUACAUUUCAGUUCAGUAAUUUACUUGGCACUGUCUACCAAAAAGGGAAUUUAAUCUUCUCUUCUGAUGGAACUACAGUUAUCAGUCCAGUAGGCAACCGCAUCACAGUAUACGAUCUGAAAAAUAAUAAAUCAUUGACACUUCCUGUGGAAAGCAGAUAUAACUACAACUCAAUGGCCUUAUCACCAAAUGGUUAUAUAUUAAUUGCAGUGAAUGAAGAGGGCGAAGCUCAUUUCAUCAGUAUGAUUAGUAAAAUGGUCAUUCAAAAGUACCGUUUUAAAGGGAGAAUAAGCAGCAUACAUUUUUCACCAGAUGGAAAUUACUUUGCAGUAAGCAAGGCACUCAAUGUAUAUGUAUUCAUUGCACCUGGUUUGCAAUCAGGGGAAUAUAAUCCUUUUGUCAUGGAACGGGUCUUCACUGAAGGCAAAGAUGAUACGUCUUGUAUUGAGUGGUCGUUCGAUUCAAAGCUGUUAGCAGUUGGGUCAAAAGACUCGUCAAUCAGAUUGUACAGUUUGAACAAGUGGAUCAACGUAAAUAGAUGCACUUUUCCUGGUCAUUCCAACGUAAUUGUAGGUUGCUAUUUUGAAAAGGACAAUUAUGAUUUCACCACGAUAAGUAGAGAGGGUUACCUGUGCAUAUGGGAAUGCUCGGUAGAAUAUGAUAAUUUUGUUCUGAAUGAGGCUCCGUUAAAAAAAAGCAAGCUAAUGGACAUUGGUCACGAGGAAGAAGAGGAUGUACAUCUUGAGAAAGGCUUACACCGUACGAGAAGGACCGAGGAAACCACAGAGCUUUCGUUGACAAAGAUUGAUCCAGAUAAGAAAGGUAUGAAAACAGACAUAUCGAAAACAGGCAACAUGAAGAAACUUCAAUAUAGACGAUUGGGCAGACAUUAUUUAGCGGAUCACGUAACAAAGAACGAAAAGGUCACUCUGACUGCUGCAGCUUAUCACGCGCAACAUCGCAUUCUUGUUGUUGGUUUCAGUGUCGGAGCUUUCUUCUUAUACGAACUUCCAAGUGUUAAUGUCAUACAUUCUCUCAGUAUCGUCAAUCAACAUAUUAGUGCAAUUUCUAUUAACUGUACUGGAGACUGGAUUGCGCUUGGCUGUGCAGAAGCCGGCCAGCUGUUAGUUUGGGAGUGGCAGAGUGAAACUUACGUCCUGAAGCAACAGGGACAUGGCAGUAAUAUGACUUGCCUUGCGUACAAUCCUAAUGGACAGUAUAUAGUUACCGGCGGCCACGAUGGAAAAGUAAAAUUAUGGAAUUCUGUUAAUGGUUUCUGCACCGUAACUUUUCAGGAACAUGUUUCUUCUAUAUCUGAUGUAUUGUUCAGUCGAAAUCAAAUGUUUGUUGUUUCUGCGUCUUUGGAUGGAACAGUUCGAGCCUAUGAUUUAACACGUUACCGGAACUUCAAAACCUUUACGUCCCCAAAACCUGUUCAGUUUUCUUGUAUAGCAUUGGAUACUAGUGACGGACUUCUUGCUGCUGGUGGCCAAGAUGUUUUUGAAAUUUAUUUGUGGUGUGUCAAACUUGGUUCUCUUCUGGAGAUUCUGAGUGGACAUGAAGGUCCCGUCGCCAGUAUAGCUUUCAGUCCUAAUCCAACAAGUACAGCAUUGGCCUCAGUUUCUUGGGAUAAGACUUUAAAAUUAUGGAAUGCAAUCGAAAUCAGUUCAAUUCAUGAAACAAUUCAGCUGAAUGCUGAUGCCUUAAACGUCGUGUAUAGACCCGAUGGAGAAGAAAUAGCUGUCGCUACACUCGAUGGCCAAAUAUCUUUUUUUGAUUGCAAGAGCUCAAUGCAAACAGGAAACAUCGAAGGGAGAACAGAUCUUGGUAGUGGUCGAUCUGAUACUGAUCUUAUUACUGCAAAAAGAAGCAAAGAAGGAAAAGCAUUCACCUCGCUGUUCUAUUCAGCCGAUGGGACCUGUAUAAUUGCGGGAGGACAGUCGAAGAAUGUUUGUAUUUACAAUAUUCAAGAAUGUCUUUUACUGAAAAAGUUCGAAAUUACGCAAAAUAGAUCUUUGAAUGCAGUGAAUGAUUUCACCAAUAGGCGAAAGGUUACUGAAUUUGGCAAUUUAAAUUUGGUCGAAAUGCGCGAAGAAAACGAAGGAGGCAAUGUUUCAAUGCGAUUACCUGGAACCAGAAAAGGUGACAUGGCUAGCAGAAGUAUGGAAUCAGAAAUUCGAGUAUUUUCUUUGCAGUUUUCUCCCACUGGUCAAGCGUGGGCAGCUGCGACAACUGAAGGUUUAUUAAUAUAUUCUUUGGACACUGGAGCAGUGUUCGAUCCGUUUCACUUGGACACAGGAAUAACUCCAGAGGCAAUAAGAAAUGCUCUGCGGAUAAAAGAUUACUCUAAAGCAUUGGUGAUGGCACUGAAACUAAACGAAAUUCUGCAGAUCCGAUAUGUUGUGGAAAGCAUUCCUCACCAUGAUAUUUCACUGACGUUAGCGGUAUUGUCCAAUAUAUAUGUGGAAAAGGUUAUGAAAUUUGCUGCAGCGGAAUUAGAAAUUACAAAACACUUACAGUUUUAUUUAAUAUGGAUUGAGACUAUUUUGACUGAACAAGGAGUUGGAAUCAGAACACUGCCACUGCUGUCGAUUUUACUAAUACUACAUAAAAAUAUACGAAGAAGAUAUGAUGACCUCAGCAAAAUGUGCGAUUUUAACCAGUACACAAUGAAAUAUUUAAAGAGGAUAAGAAAAUGGAAUUUAGUAGAGCAACUCAUUACGCUAGAGGAAAUGGAACUUGGUCAUCAUCAGAUGCUUUUGGAAGAAAUAGAUGCCAAUUGAUCAACAAGUUAUAUUAGAACUGUUAUAUAUAUAUAUAUAUAACGCAUAUGUAAAUAAAUUACAGUUUUAAAAAGU